GAAAAAUAUACCAAAUACAUGAAGAAAUCGUGAACAAUGUAAUAGAAGAAAGGAGUGACAUCGUAAUGUCAAUAGAUAAUUCUUUAAAAGAUAUGACAGAGGCUUUGAAAGAACAUAUAAAUGUUAUUAGCACUGAUGAUAUGAUUUUGAUUUCAGAGUUGAUGAUAGAAGAUCAAAGUGUUAAUGAAUUGCCAGUUGAAGAUGUAGGCCUUUCUGUUUAUUAUUAA